GAUUUUGAUGCUUUUAUAAGGGAAUGUGACUGGAUUGAUUUCUAACGCUCGUUUUGCAUGGUCUAAUCUCUAGUCUAAUUUGGUGGGCUAUAGGUUAAAAUAGAUUUUUGUUUUCUUUGGGAUGGGAUAUGAGGUUUCAAAUAUUAGACGAGAGGUGCUUCCAAGAGUUGUAUUGGAUCACUAUCGUGUGUUGGUAUUGAGCUCCCCUUUUAAGGGGGGUCCUUCAGUUGUUAGGUUUGAGAAUAUGUAGGUAGAACAUCAAUCACUUAAGAAGUUUUUCGAAGAGUGGUGGAGUACAAGUAGGAGUACAUGUCAUGGAUGGGAGGAUUUUAAGUUUACAAGGAAAUUGAAAAUGACUUUAAGGAAAAAUUGAGGGUUUAGAGUAGGGAGAUAUUUGAAAAACUUGAAUGGGACAAAGAAUGAAAUCAUUAGAAGAAUUGAGGAGUUGGAUCAAAUUGAGCCUAGGGACAAUCUUGAUGAGACUUUGAGGUAAACAAUAAUUGAGUUUGAAACAAAUAUGGAAGAGAUUAUAUUUAGUGAACAUAUUUUUUGGGAUCCAAAGGCUAAAUGAAAUGGGUAGAGCAGAGUGAUAAUAACUCCAAGUUAUUUCAUAGGGUAGUCGAUGGGAAGAGGAAAAAGUUCAUCAGACAAAAAAAGAACAAAGAAAAAAGAAUGGAGGUAGCUAAUGGGUUGUUUGUGGAUACAUAAGACCAAAUAGCUAAUGAAUUUUUUACUUUUUAUUCGACUCUAUAUUUGAAUGGGGAAAUUGAGAGGUCAGGUAUUGAUGGUUUGGAUUGGGCUUCAAUUGAUGAGAAUAAAUCUAGAUGGAUGGAAAUGCCUUUUAAUGAAUUUGAAAUUAGAGUCAUUUUUUUAUUACAGGAGAGGUAAAUCCCUAGAUCUAUAUGGGUUCUCAAUGGUGUUUUUUCAAUAUUGUUGGGAUGUUGUGAAAGGGGAUUUGAUGAGAGUUUUCACGGAGUUUUUUGAGAAUGGAGUGGUGAAUGCGUGUACAAAUGAAUCUUUCAUUUGUUUGAAUCCUAAAAAAGAGGAGUCUGUGAAGAUUGAUGAUUUCAAACCCAUUAGCUUGGUCAUAUCCUUAUACAAAAUUUGGGAAAAGUGUUAUUAAAAAAAGUUUUAAGGCAGCUUUGGGGGAACCAUAUUUUUGGCUCAAGAAGCUUUUGUGAAGGGGUUGUCAGAUUAGAUGUAGUGUUGGUUGUAAAUGAGGCAGUUGAAGAAUGUAAAGGAUUAAAUAAGGAUGGCUUGAUUUUUAGUGUAAAUUUUGAGAAAUCUUAUGGUCAUGUCUACUAGUAGUUAUUGAAUUUUGUGAUGCAUAGAAAGGGAUUUGGGGAAAGAUGGAGGAAAUGGAUAUGAGGGUGUUUAUCUUCUUUCAAUAUGUCCGUCAUAGUAAAUGGUAAGGCAGUGAAUAGUUGUAAGGCUUCUAGGGAGGGUUCUUAGACAAGGUGAUCCGUUGUCCCCUUUUCUUUUCACUUUGGUGGCAGUUGUCUUGGGUUGGUUGGUUGAUAGAGUGGUUGCUUUAGUUGAUUUUUUUUUUAAUAUUAUCAGAAGGGAUAAGGUUUCUGUCCCACUUGUAGUAUGCAGAUGAUACUAUUUUUUUUUCUCUUUUGGGGAAGAUUCUAAGGUAGUUAAUUUGCUUUCACUAUUUAGAAUAUUUGAGCUUGUUUCAGAUCUUAAAGUUGGAGAAGUUUGGUAAGAGGUUGGAAUAGAGCCUUGUUUUCUAGAGGAGGUAGGUUCACUUUGGUGCAGUCUAUAUUGGGUAGUAUCCCCAUCUCUUACUUGUCUUUAUUUAAGAUUCUGGCUGGGGUUGCAAAUAUAAUUGAAAAAAUGAUGAGGGACUUUCUUUGGGAAGGAUAGGGUGAAAGGAAAAAAAGAUCAUUUGGUGAACUGGUGAAAUAGUUUCUUUUCACGAAGAGAAAGGGGGACUUGCCAUUGAAAACAUUGUGGCAAGGAACAUUGCUUUACUAGGAAAGUGGUUAUGGAGAUCUCUUUUUGAGUGCAAUUCAUUAUGGAUUUCAUUAUUGAGAGUAAAUAUGAGGUUCAAGCUAAAUGGUAGGGAUUCUUUUAUGGUUAAUAGAGGUAACUGUAGAUUUCCAUGGAAAUCCAUAUGUAAAAUCUUUUCUAUUUUUUCUAGGUUCAUAGAAGUGAAAGUGGAUAAUGGUGAUAAUGCUCAAUUUCGGGAGGAUGUUUGGGUGGAUGAUUCUUCGUUUGGUGUGUUGUUUCUACACUUGUAUCGACUGGCUUGCUCCCAUUCUGUUUCCAUUUCAUCUAUGGCUCAUUCUUAUUUGGCUUCCAUUUCAUGGGAUUUCAAUUUCUGUAAAAAUCCCAAUGAUUGGGAAACUCUGAGUUGUUGUCUCUGUUGGCCAUGCUUUGGUGAUUUUUCCUUGAGAACAAAUGUUAGUGAUAAAUGGGUGUGGUCUCUUAAUUCUUCUGGGAUCUUUUCAUGAAUGUCUUUUUUUGACAAAAUUAUUGAUAAUUCCAUUGGUCGUCAUCUCUUUCAAUAUAGAAGAAGUCGGAAAGCUGUUGUCUCUCUUAAAUAUCAUGACUAAUGACAUUUUUCAAAAAAGGAAUCCUAAUCACAAUCUUUAUUCUCAAUGGUGCAUCAUGUGUAAGAGGAAUGAGAAAUCUUUGGAUCAUUUAUUCUUGCAUUGCCCUUUGGUCUUGGUCUCAUGGAAUCGCUUUUUUUAUUGGUGGAUAUUUUUUAGGUGGCUUUGACUAUUUGUGGAAUUGUGUAACAUUCUCAUUUUUUUGGGUUAUGUGGUUGUAACAAAAUGCUAAGAUUUUUUAGGAUAAGUUUGAGGACAUUGAGUCGCUAUGGGAUGGAGUGUGCCAUUUGGCAUCUUUUUGGGCUUCCAUUUCUUCUCCGUUGAAAGGGAUUCCGUUUAUUUUUUUGAUUUUCUUAUCUCUAGAGAUUGGUGGCUUGUGUGCGAUUUGUAGUUUUUCUUCUUUUUUAAUAAAAUGCCUUUUUGUUGCCGAUAAAAAAAGAAAAGAAAAAAAGAGUUGGUCAAAAAAAUAAAUCUCUUGCUUGUAGUUAAUUUUUGAAAAUAUCAUAUAUUUGAUCAUUAAUCUGUUAUUUGUUUCUGUCUUCAACAACAUUGAGGUUAGCAGUUAAAUGAAUUUCAUAUGGUUAUUGUUUUCAUUGUUUGCCUUUAUGCAUCAGGUAAAUCUCUUACUUAAGAACUAGUGUAUUUUUAAAAACUUUCUGGUUUAAGUUAAACAUGUUUCUUAUUGUUAUUUGGUUUCGUGAUCCUUGUUCCGAUUGAUGGGAUUCCUCUCAAACUUGUUAGUGUGUGCAUCUUGCCCUCCCCAGACAUCACUUGACUGGGAACCUGAGACUCAGGCAUUGAUUCCCUCUUUUUGGUUUUAGUAAUACUCAGGCUGCAUAGGACCGAAUUAUUGCUGCUUCAAUUAUUUUUGGUUGGUACGAGAGAAUUUGGUUGAAUAGUCAUGGCUGUCCAGUAUUAAUGUGAUUAAUGUUGUAGGUGUCAGAGAAGCUCCCAGUGCCCAAUGUGUUGCCAAUCCAUCAGCCUGAAGGAUCCCAGCAGCCAGGAAUUGCUUGACGCAAUAGAACAGGAAAAGAGUAUUAGAAUGAAUCCACCUAGAAAUACCACGAUAUUUCAUCAUCCAACCCUGGGGGAUUUCGAAUUACAGCAUUUACCAGUUAGUGCAACCGAUGCUGAACUCGAAGAGCGUAUUAUUCAGCACUUGGCUGCUGCUGCUGCAAUGGGGAGGGCACGCCAUAUUGCCCGGAGGGAAGGUCAGAGGGGUAGAUCAUCUGCUCAGGGUCGUCCACAUUUUCUUGUGUUCUCUACUCAUCCCAAUGCACCUCCCGUUGCUUCUGUGUCUUCUUCUCAAACUCACAGAGGUGAGGGUGAACCAGUUCCUCCGGUCACAGUAGCUGGGCCGACUUCUCUUAUAACUGUGGGAGAAGACUCUACACAACUGGUUUCUCAACCUUCUAGUCAAGCUGAUCAGGUUUCUGAGGCAUCUGGAUCAAGUGUUCUUGUUGCGACUCAUAAUGGAACGUCCUCAAACAAUCAGAGGUCUCCUCCUCAAUCGUCCCCAGCUGGUCAGGAUAGAGCAGGACCAUCCGAGUUCCAAUCAUUUUCAGAAUCUCUUAAGUCUCGGUUGAAUGCAAUGUCAAUGAGAUACAAAGAGUCAAUUACAAAGAGCACAAGGGGUUGGAAGGAGAGAUUGUUCUCCCGCAACAAUAACAUGGCGGAUCUUGGUUCUGAAGAUAGGAUGGAUAACAAUGCAGGAAUUGCUACUGUGACACGUAUGAUGCAGCAUCUUGAAACAAGAGACGAUAACAGAACCAAUACAGCUUCUGUAUCAAAUGUUUUGCAGGAUAGCUCAGUUCCAGAUCAAGGCAACCAUCAGAUUGCAGAGACUGGUGGUAACAAUUCGUUAAAUGAGGUUAACACACAAGCUUCAUGUGCUACAACCUCUGCUUCAGAUUAGCAUACACAGCUUUCAGGGUUAAAGACUAUUUCUUCUUCGGCUGUAUGAUGCUUUGCUUCUCUUUGGAUUUCGUCAGUUGCAAUCCCAUUUUCACACAGAAAAGAGCGUUGGUGUGGUUGUGUUCUGACAUAUAAGAAUAAAGAUAUAGUAGCAAGUCGGCGAGCUCUACAGUUAGGACAAGGGAACAAAUACAUCACUAUUGGCUGUAAAUUGGUUUAUAUCUCAUAUUAAUUUAUCUGCAUCUUGAAUGCUAGGUGGAGCAUGCUUCUAAAGCUUUGAAAUUAUUUUUCUUCAAGCAUCUAGGUGGACAAAUUCCCGUUUAAUUGAUCGCAUGAAUUUUUCUGUUC